CAGCCAAUUCCUGCGAAUCUCCAAGGCCCCACGCCCCACCCCAUCCGUCCGGCCAUCCGCUGCCCAUCCCGCCGCCCGGCAACACGGCAGCACCAAAACGAAACCCUAAAUCCUCGUCCUCGUCCAGGCGACAGGCAAGGCCGCGGCACCCAGCACCGCGUCGGCGGACGGCCCAGCACGGCAGCAUCUCCGCGCGCCAUGGCCUCAUCCCGGAACCCCGAUGCACUGGCGGCGCCGGCGCUGACUCCGGCGCCCGCGGCGGUGGCGCAGGCCCAAAACCCUAGCAUUGCCCCCGGCGACCCGCCGUCGCCGGAGAUGGAGACCACGGCGGAGGCUCUCACGCGGGAGGAGGUCCUCCGGCGGCGCCGGCGCCGCGCGGCCCGGCUAGCCGGUGUAUACCGCCGGCUCUACUGGGCCAUGGCCGAGGAGGUGCGCGCGCGGCACCGGCAGUACGUCUGGGACCUCGCCCGGAGCCCACUGGAGGCAGAGCAGCCGCCAGCCCCUCCCGGGGUGCCCAUCCCGGCGGCUGGGGAGCCGCCGAGGCCGGCGCCGGUGCCGAGGAGGAAGAAGUGCGGAUUCACAGGGUGCAAGGUGCGGGCCAUGGCCACGACCCGCUUCUGCCACUCCCACGUCCUCUCCGAUCCCAAACAGCUGCUGUACAAGCCCUGCGCGUACAUCACUAAGAGUGGGCUACAGGGUGGGCUUGUCACCUGUGGUAGGCCAAUCAUAAAGUCUGCAGCUCCCUCCCUCUGUAAUAUUCACUUGCAAAGAUGUCAGAAAAGCAUUGCACAAGCUUAUAGGAAGGUUGGCUUUAACCCACCCCUUACAGGCAAGGUCACCCCAAAGUUUAGUGUUUUGGUUGCUGAAUGUGUUCGUCAGAUCCAAGACAAAAGGAGAAAAUCACUGAAACCUACAGCACGACAGAAAUGUCCUAAAGAUGGAAAUGUUGACUGAACCAUACCUCGAUGUACAUGUGUGCACAAACUUCAUGAGAUUAUUGUUCUGAGGUUUAUACAAAGCAAUGAUAACGUACUCUGCCAGAUUACUACAGUCAGUCCUGGUUGAAUGAUAUGAAUAAUGGAAGCUUGCAUGGUAUGCAUGAGUUGAAGGUUUAAGUGUCAUUGGAAGAAUGGAUGUCAUGGGAAUUGUUGUCAGUAGCAUAGUUGAAAUGAAAAUUGAAUGAACAAGCUCGUGGGAGAAUCAAGUAUCAACUGCGAGAGUGUGCAGCGUGCAGUAAUAGAAUCUUGAGGAGUUCUAUGUUCUAUUAUUUAGCAGGCAGUCUUUUAUCAUGAGUUUUUGUGAGUUGCUGAACAUGCAGCAAGACUGCAUGGUUGAUAUGGUGGUGUGUUGAACAUCAUCGGCUUGUUGGUAGUAUUAUGCAGCCUGCAUGAGAACUGGUGAUUGCCAGCAUCAAACCUACCUACAUGGGCUCAUAUGAAAAACUUGACCACUCCUAGGAUAUCACUGUUCACAUGUUGAUAUUCCAUUUUGGAGUUACACAGAUCCAAAUUGCAACCCGUAUAGGUAGCUCGGAGGGAAAUUGCGCAUAUUCUGGAGGAAACAGUUGCCAAAUUGAGAUUCAGUACAGGCGCUUAUUGUGUGCUUUGCAGAGAGAUGUAUGAAUGCAAGAUUUGUACUUCCAUGGCUAAUGGACUUUGCACAAUAUGAGAUGCUACUUACUGAGAAUGUCGCGCAUCAUGCACCAAAGUUAGAGGUUAUGAGGAUACUGCAGUACACAUUUAUGUUUAUAGAAUUUCAUGGUGUUGCACAAAUAAUUACCCUUUGUGGCUUUAUGGAUUGUAGCUGAUAAAAAAUUAAAAUCUCGCUACAAUGUAUAGGUGUAUUAGAUUAUUUGGUUGCAGUUAAAUGGCUGUAAGAACUCAGGUCUGAUAAGGGCUAAGGCGACAUAAGAGCAUUUUUCCAGACAUCAUAUUUUUGCUGUUUCCUGUUAGAUGUUGCAAUAUGUAAAUCAGUGAAUGGCAUUUGAGUUUACUUCUUGCAGUUAAAUCAGUGAUGUUGCAAUAUGCCCACAGACCCGCACCCGUGGAGGAGUACGCCAUGGCGGAGCAGGCAGAGGCACAAGUCCGCUGGCUGCGCCUGCACUAACAAAUCGAGGUGGGACGUGCAAUCACCCCCAAUCACUGGCAAUCACUCUGCAUCGCACGCGCGACUCUCCUUUCUCCCCAAUUGUCACGCAGGUGGGCUCCAAACUCGCGCCGCCAGCCGGCGUCCACAACCACAUCCGCCUCCACGGCCUGCACCCCACCGCCUCCGUCCGACUCGCUCUAAGUCGCAGGCUGCAAGGAAUUGGCCUUCCUCAGACGUCGCCAGGCUUCAACGCAGCCACCGUUCGACAUCCGCAACCGGCCGUGUCUCCGCGAUCUCCCUCGCUGGUCAUCGAGUCCGAGGCUCCACGUGCCCCAUCCCUCCUAUGGCAUUGUCUCCUCAAAACCUCAGGCAGGCAGCGGCAGCUACAUGGAAACCCUAGCCACCGCCGCACUCCAGUCAUCGUCAUGCACAGGCCCAAGGGGAGCAGCGGCAAGUCCACGUUCUCCCUCCAGUUGGUGCGGGGGCGUCCUGCACUCCUGCCUCCUGGAGCACCGGUCGCUGCAGGUCCCCAAGGCGCCUCUUGGGCCACCAAGCCAGCCCCGCCGGCAACUAAGGCCGCCUCGCAUGGCCACUGCCGGUCGUCCACGCCACUGCAGGCCCGCCCUCGUGGAGGAGUACGGCCUUCGGUGACAAUGAGGCGAAGAACAGGUCACAGUAGAGCGAUACCGACGAGCCCGAGGCCAAGCGCUGGUACAAAAGCCCCAGAUUUCGCUACUCAUUCAAUCACAAGUUGAGCCGUAUUUUCUUGUUUCUGGAGCUCAUAUACAUGUAUCUGCCUGAUCUGGAAGGAGGACGGUGCAUCUGUGCCCAGAUGGACAGCGAUGCACGCUCUCCUUCGAUUUGGCGCCUGUGCAGAACUGCAGAUGGGUUACUGCUAUUUGUCUCUUUACGAGUUGAUUGUCAAUAUGUGUUUGCACUUACUUCUGCACUACCUACUUAUAAAAAUGCUCAAUCUCUGUUAAUUCACAUCAAUGCGUUUUUAACUGAA